AUGGCGGCCACCACGACGCUGGAGCCUGCGAUCCCUGAGCAUUUGAGGGUUCCGAGGACGAUUCCUGCGAAUACGCCUCCGGGUUUUCAGCCUCCCUUCCCGGCGUACAGUGCGAGGUUUCCGAAAGAGGUUAAGGGCCUUGUCACGGCUAUUGUUGGCGUUCAGAGCAAGGAGAAGUCUGAGAAGCAUAGUCCGGAGUACAAGCAGCUCAUUGGGUUUGUCGAUAAGAAGCAGGGGAAAUCGAAACCUCGUUACUGGGAAGCGGCUUCGGUCGUGGACAAUCGCGGCUAUUACAACGAGGUUGUAAUUCCGUAUUGGGAGACGAAAGCAGACUUCGAGGCAUGGAAAGUCGACAGUGGAUUUGAGAAAUGGUGGCAGUCACUAGAAACGGGUUCAGGCACUGGAUGGUUCCUCGAGGUCUUCCUCCCGUCGAUCGAUCGCUUCGAAACCGUCUUCUCCGACAACGUCGAACCUGAAGGCGCCGCUCACAUGCGUGAGAGCGUCUCCGGGACUCUCCAAGAACACGUCUACUGGGGCUCAAUGCGAGACCGACUACCCGUCGGACAAACCGACACCAUCCCCGGCGAAAAGGCAACGAUCAAGCCAAAGGCCGCUGCGAACGGGCAUGCAGCAGAGACUCAAAGUCGGAGGAUCUGUGUCUCGGGCAGGAAGAAUCUCGCCAUGAUUCGCUCAGGACAGGACUGGUCGAAUACCAGGCCACAUGAAAGGAAGUUGUACCUCGAGACCAUGCACCCCGUCCUCAUCAAAGGCAUGGACUUCCUCCGCGACCAAGGCGAAGAAGUCGGCUGCAUCUCCUGUCGCUUCAUGGACAUCAUUCCCAAGGACGACUCCAGCACGGACAAGCUCGCCGACACCGACAAGGCGUUCGGACUGGCGUAUUUCGACGAUCUCGCGUCGCUCGAGGGCUGGAGUAAGAAGCACAAGACGCAUCUGGAUAUCUUUGGGAGGUUCAUUCAGUAUGCGGGGGAGUUGCAGAAUGAGGUGUCGUUGAGGCUGUUUCAUGAGGUUAUGGUUUUGACGCCCGAGCAGCAGUUCUUUGAGUAUGUGGGGUGUCAUGAUAUGACGGGGAUGUUGGCUUCUGUUGCGUAG